CUUAAGCCAAAUCUUGCAGUCAACAUGUUCGCUAAGGUACUUAUCUUCUGCGCUGCUCUCGCAGCUGCUCAUGGAUCAGCCCUCUUUGCAGCACCCCUCGUCAACACCGGAGUCAGCGUGGAAUCCAGACAACAAGACUCUUUUGGCAACUAUGCUUACGCCUAUGACAUCAAGGAUGGAUUAAGUGGUUCUGUCAACUCCAAGGCUGAAGUAGGAAGAGCAGUUGCUGUCGCCGCUCCAAUUGUCGCUGCUCCCUUGUCUUAUGCUGCUCCAGCCUACGCUACCCCAGCUAUCGCCGCUCCUUUGACCUAUGCCGCCCCUGCAGUUGCCGCUCCAGUAGCUUACGGAGGUGUUCUCGGACAUGCUGGUGUACUAGGUCUUCGAUACGGCGUCGGUCUCGGACAUGGAGCUCCCCUCGGCCUGGGCUAUGGAGCAGGCCUCUUGGCUGCUGGACACGGCAAAGUUCUGCUUUAAAAAGCUGCUGUUCGGCGUACAUGAACUCUAUCUGCCAUGAUGAAAUUGUAGAUGUAUUAUUUAUUUUGAAUUACUGUAUUUCAAUAACAUGAAAUAAAUUGCGUCUUGAAUAUGAAUUACAA